AUGGAGGAAAGGGAUAGUUUGGUCGGCCUUCGGGGCCUGUACCAGGACCUUUCUGCUGUUUCCGACCCCUCGUUUGUCCACAUUGAGCGCCUUCGGAGUGAAUUGGAGAUCCACAUCCAGGAUUUCCGAAAACUCCUUGACAAGCCGACGAAAAGCAACUCGAGCCGCCAGAUCGUUCUUGCAGGAAACAUUUCGGUGAACGAUAGCGAGUACUCGAUCAACGAGGAGUUUCAACAAGGGGCGUUACAGUUGGCAGACGCGCUGGAUAUCGAUGAAUUACACGCGGCAGUGUUGUUUUUUUUCGCCCAGGAAGAUGCCCAGGUGCUGGACAGACCCCCUCUUAUUGCCGCGAUUAUGCGAUUCCACGAGCGACGCCUCUUCCUCCUCGAAUGCCUACGCCUCAUCCUCCAAGAAUCGUUCGAGGUGGAACGGGAGAUGACACAGGUGCUGAUGCAGGAGAUGGUGGCUUUUGUCCUCGAAAUCAAAAAUGCUCCGCUCCGGAAUGCGUCGCUGUUCACUCGGAAAUGCAUGCAGUCGAUGGAGGAUAUUGAAAAAUGGCUCUCGCUCCUGGGUGAACAGAUUCAGAAGGCUUCCAUUGUCGGACAGUCGGAGGAUGUGGAUGUUAUGGAAGCCAUUGAAUACCAACGCACCAGCUUACAGCAACAACAUGAGUCUCUGGGCGCAACUGUGUGCUACUUGUUCAAAGGGCCUUACACCAGCCCGGAAGAUCUCCGGCUACUGUUGAACCGCCUCAGGAAACUGGAACGUUUCGAUGCAUUGCUUGUGCACUAUGUUCCGUCGGUCAUCUCUUCUUUCGUCCAACAUGGGUCACCCGAAAAUUCGGCAUCAUACAAGGAGGCUAGAAGCCUAAACACAGCCAUAGUUUCGACGAAAGAUGGCCAGACGUGGGCCCUCUCGACUUUCCACUCGGCAGUGAUUGCUCUUUGGCUUGCAGUUUACAGUGGGUGGGAUAUCGACGGCCCAUCUUCGCCCGUCCAGGGCGUAGACCUGGAAAAAGAGGCCGAAGACCGUACAAAGACUUUCAUGACGGCGCUCGACGAUGGCGGAUUAGAUUUUAUGCUCGCCAUAUGUGCGGGUGUGAACAGUGAGGAAUGGGCUGAUCCAGCUCGCAGCGAACUAGUGUCCCUGCUGCUGAAGGAGAGCGCAUCGGCCGUGCUUGAGACAGACCCCUGUGCUGGGUAUUUGAAGAAUCUUCUCAUGGAGAAUUUCGAGGUCUUUGCAGAAUCCUGCAUUGCGAACAUGCCAGAUGCCGUUCGAAUGUUGAAGUUUGAGGAGGAUUUGCAGAGACUGGACCAUCUCACGGCACUUAGAGACGGCCUGACUUCCAAUCCUCACCGCGGGCUUGUAGAAGCUCGGACGCAUCUGGAGUCCUUUCUUAUGGUCAUGGCCUUUUCCUUCGAGCAGCGACCAGAUGCGGCCCAGGAGUUUUGGGCUGACCCGGAUGGGAAUCUCUAUGGCUUUCUCCAGUGGGCUUCGAAGAGACAAACUGUCCCCCGGGUGAGCGCUUUCUGCGAGUUGCUGUGUUCUAUAUCCAACGGGGAGGAGAACUCGUCGGCAGCACACAGAUUCCUACUCGAGGAGGACAAGUUUAUGGCUGGGAAAUUCAAGCGCACCGCCUCGAUGAACUGGUCGCAGAUGUUUGCCGAGCUUCAACUUUACGCGACCAGAGUCACCGAGAAACACCCGACGUCCCAGGGAGUCCAUCUAGCGAGGAAGUCGGAUGCAGCCGAUAUGAGUGAACCUGAGAGCCCGGUAAUGCUGACCUGUUACCUUCGCUUGAUGGGACAUUUGUGUAGGCAGAGCUUGGCCGUGAGGAACUGGAUGCUUCAACACCCCGACGUCAACAUCGUUAACACUCUUCUUGCGCUGUGCAGCGGGCCGAUUCCUACUCAUUUGCGAGCCACAGUGUUCUCCACUCUCGCCGCUUUCAUGACUGACAGGACAUAUCACAAUGGCAAUGAGAUGUGGCUUGCUAUUGACCACUGGAUCUCGGGUGUUUCGACUAGUGCCUCGGGACUUGGAAAGGUCCCAAUAGUCUCAAACCCGCUCGUAUGGCACGAACAGCAAGCGUUCCAAAAGAUCGGUGAGAGCUUUGACCAAGCCAACGCCUUUGUGACUCUACUUUGCUCGCUUGUCUCGCCGACACCCGAUUUGGUCGAAUUCCAUAUGUCAUUGCCCUUCCCUGAGUCUCUCGGUGCUUCUUAUCGAAUGCCUGGCAUAGAGCCCUACGUCGACUUCAUCAUGGGCCAAGCACUGUCGAGGAAGGUUCCGGAUCUCACUGAGCGUCAAACCAGGUUGCUAACUUACAAUUGUUUGGAGUUUGUCGCGACCUGUCUCCGGUCAUUCAACGAAAACAUCGUAACUGUCCUCAGCCAGCCGACAAUCUCGGUCGAUACCGUUCUGAAGACAUCGUCAUUGUUAGCAUACAUCCGUCUGCAUCCCUUUGCACGAGUAGCUGAAUGGCUGUUCAAUGAAGAUGUCAUCAAGACCAUCUUUGCCACGGCCCACCAAGAUACUGCCGAGGUCGCGAGAGCGUCUGGUGAUUCGGUAUUGGUCCUCUCUUUGGUCAGAAGUCUCGAGGUCAUGGACUUGAUCAUCGAUCUUCAAUCCACGUAUUUCAACAUCGUGCGGCCAUUGAUCAAGUCGCAAGCCGGCGGAAACCGUGUCAAUGUGGCCAACUCCGCGCUUUCUGCCUUCGAGGACAGCAUCCUAAACCACCUGAGUAUCAUCCCAGCGUUAUGCCUUUACUGCAGCACCGCACACGAGCCGCUCAUAGUCAUGUCCAUGGGUCUUCUGGAAAAGCUGUCAAGUUCCACGAAGUUAAAUAAGGUGUCAUCUCCGGAAUUGUCUAGGUGGCGCCCGUCAAACAAAAUUGUUGAGGUACUUGGUACGGAGGUAGAUGUCGACAGUGUGGCACGGCCACUCGUGUCCCAAAUGCAGCCAGAGGAGAGGGAACUCGAGUCCGGCCCGUUGGCCUCUGGAUAUCUGAUCAGAAAGAGCUUACUGGCACUUCUGAAUAGCUGCUUGGGGACGAUAACAGAUCGGCCAACGGUCGCUCAUAUUCUACUCGGUUUCAGCAGCAUCGGAAAUAUUCUUGAUGUCCCCUCCAAGGGUCUUUUUGCCGACGGGGUGUCCUUGUUGCACGCUGUAAUCGGCUUUCUUCGGACCUACCCAGAUCAAGUGGAUGGGAGCGUCCUCUCUUGGAUGGUGCAUAUCAGACGCAUGGCCGCAGAAGUUUUGAAACAUCUCUGGUCUUCCAAAAUUUCGGCCUACUUCACUCUCUCUGCGAUGCGAGCUAGCCAGUUCCUCCCUAUUGUUUUGGGCAACCAACCCAUAAUCGGGCCGAGCACUCUGUGGAAUGGCCUACCCAUUCUUGCAGACGAGUUCUGGGUCUCCGACGCCACAGUUGCUCUCGCGGAGUUUCUCCUGUUCAGGAGCUACUUGUAUGAGUACGCGGCGACUGAAAUCCGUUCGUCCGCUAAACUGACUUCGCCAACCCUUCGAGAAGAGAUCACCUCGGUUCUGCUUGGAACCUCUACCUUAGAGACCGGCGAGCUGAUUCCCAACCCCACCGUUUUCGACCUCUUUGAUUUUGCCGACUUGGACACUGGGUAUCAGUUGGCACCCCCGCAAUUGAUGCUGCUGGACAACCUGGGGAUUGACGUGUGUGCGAGGCCAGAAGCGGGUGGCUCACUUGUUCUUCACAACGUCGCUGAGGUUGAAGAGUUAAUACAAGUCCGAAAGGAGGAAUUGCUGAUGAACGGACAGUUCCGGCCUCAGGAUGAAGAGCAGUUUCUGGCUGAAGCAGAAAGCUUGACGGUGUUCGUACAGUCAACUAACCAGUCCAAGACAAUCAACCACAAUCGCUAUCUGGCUCUUCGGUCGUGGACAGAGCUCGUUACGACCAUGCUCACUUGUUCGGGGAUUGAAGGUGGUCAGAAACUGACAUUCAUAUUACACUCCAUCCAACUAGUCCUCCCUAAGCUCGAGGUUGCUAUCGAGGAUGGUCUCCCUGAGGCUGUCGAACUGGCGCGACUGGCGGAGACUCUAGUUAGCAAACUAGACUCGGCCAUCCCCCAAGUGAAUUCCACCCGGCGAAGCGGAGACAUUGUCGACGAGAAGCUCUACCAGUUGUUCCAGGCCUGUGUCCGGGGCAUCACCAUGGCCACCGGCGAUAUCAACCUUCGAGAGACGUUCUACAACAUCUGUUCGCACUAUGUCAUGCGAAUCAUCUCCCCUGACACCGCUCGCGACAGUAUGAGACGUCACAGUCAGCAGGUCAUCAAGGCCGGGGGCGCCAAUCUGGUUGAAGCCAUCUGCGACGAUGCAUAUGCUGGCCAGGAAACGUGCCGCGUGUCGGCUCUCUUGCUCCUCAACCUGUUGGCUGCUCUAGAUAGAGAAACCGAUCCGAUCCUGGUCGAGCUCAUCUCCGAGUCCAACUAUCUAAGCCUUUUCUUGGACGCGAUCCGGACUUUGCCCGUUGAUCUUCGGAGUGCCCAAGCCAGUGACACCCCUCUCCUGUUGUCUUUCUACGAAUCUCUGUUGUCUUUAUUUCAGCAACUCUGUCAGACGAAGAACGGCGCGAUCCACGUUCUGAAAGCCGGUCUUUUCGAGGCCGUACGAGAGUCGCAACUUUUUGCCGCUGACCCGGAUCUCGGCAUCGAUAUCGACAACCCUGAUUCGCUUCGCAAAUACUAUGACCUUCUCGCAGCCGUUCUCCGAGUGAUUGUAUCGGCGGUGUUUUCUCGAGGGAUACAGAACGAGCACAUGGCGGAGCAGACGCGGGGUUUCCUCGCCGAGAACCGACACAGCAUGGUCGGUGUCUUCAAGCGGUUUGCGAAAAUCGGCGGUGCAGGAGCUGCAGAUCAUCACAGCACGCUUGGUGACUUGACCAAAUCGUACAUGACUCUCGUUGCUGUCACGGAUUUCCUAGAGAACUCAAGAGGCGCCACCGAGCAGAGGAGCGGUAAGCGCAAGUCGAUUGGCAAGAGGAAGCUUUCUGAUCAGGAGGCGGCUACACAGCAACCUCAGCACCAGCAGGCGACCAUCUCGGAGCUCCUCUCCAGGAACCACACACCCCAAGGCAAAGGACAACAGCAAUCCCAGGACCUAUCUCCAACGAGUAAACGCAUGCGAUUCUCGCCAUCGCCGUCUGUCAAUCCUUCCGCUUCCGAUAAUAUGUACAAUCUGUCGAACGCGGACUCCAAGCCCGGUGGGCCGCCCUUCGGGCAGAGCGGCGCGGGCGGAAAGGCUCGCUCGCUCAACGCCGCAUCGCGACAAAGCAACUUUACCCCUCAUACGGGAGCCAAGAAGCUUGUUGUCAAGAACCUCCGGACGGGACCGCGGCUCAACCAAGAUUCAUACUUUGAUAAGGUGUGGGGUCAGCUGGAUGAUGCGUUGACGGCGGUUUUCGACGGCGGCAAGCCCGCGACGUCGCUGGAAGAACUGUACAAGGGGGCUGAAAACAUCUGUCGUCAGGGACGGGCUGCGGUCUUGGCUCAACGACUGCAAGACAGGUGCCGGGAACAUGUGUCUGGGAAGCUGCGCGAGUCGUUGGUGGCCAAGGCCGGAGGGGGUACAAGUGUCGACGCACUGCGGGCGGUGGUUGAGUCGUGGGCAGCAUGGCAAUCGAAAUUGGUUACCGUGCGCUGGAUCUUCUACUACCUCGAUCAAUCGUUCCUCCUCCACUCGAAAGAGCAUCCGGUCAUCCGCGAGAUGGGUUUGCUCCAAUUCCGUCAACAUAUAUUCUCGGAUCCGAUGUUGAAACCCAAGAUUCUACAGGGAGCCUGCGACCUUGUGGAGGCCGACCGUGGAGAUGGGCAGAAUGUGCUGGCGGAUUCUACUUUACUUCGAAACUCCAUCGAGCUCUUCCACGGUCUCGAUGUCUACGUCGCGGAUUUCGAGCCCCUUCUCGUCUCCGAGUCGAGCCAGUAUUUUACUUGGUGGGCUCAACGGGAAGCAACCGGGCACCUCGCGGCCUUUGCAGAAAACAGCCACCGCCUCAUUGAGCGCGAGGUGAAUCGAUGUGAAUUAUUCUCCCUCAACCGCAGCACGAAACAACAGCUCUCGGAGCUCCUGGAUCAGACCUUGGUAGCGCAGCAGGAGUCUGUGCUGCUCAAUAAGAAUGAUAUCCUGGGGCUUUUACGGUCGGGGAACAAGGUCGCCUUGGAGAAGCUCUACUCGCUUCUGCAACGGCGGGAGCUCGGUGUAAAGCUGAAGCCCGCAUUCACCGCCUACAUUAUUGAAGAAGGGUCCGGCAUCGUAUUUGAUGACACGAAAGAGGCGGAGAUGGUGACUCGACUGUUGGAUUUCAAACAGCAGCUUGACGAGAUCUGGAUUAAUUCCUUCCACCGCCACGAGGAAUUGGGCCAUUCCCUCCGCGAAGCCUUCGAGACGUUCAUCAACAAGGGGAAGAAGUCGGAAGCCACGGGAGGGACCGACAACCCCAAGACCGGGGAGAUGAUUGCGAAAUACGUGGACCGACUACUCAAAGGUGGGUGGAAGCUGGCGCCCGUGCGGGAGGCCGACGGUGUGUCUCUGGCGGACGAAGACGCCGAGAUCGAUCGUCAAUUGGAUCAAGUAUUGGAUCUGUUCCGGUUUGUGCAUGGCAAGGCAGUGUUCGAGGCAUUCUACAAGAAUGAUCUCGCUCGUCGACUCCUCAUGGGCCGGAGUGCCAGCGAUGACGCGGAGAAAAGCAUGCUGGCGAGACUCAAGACGGAAUGCGGGUCUAGCUUUACGCACAACUUGGAGUCCAUGUUCAAGGACAUGGAGGUCGCUCGAGACGAGAUGUCCGCUUACAGCUCGAUUCAGCGAGAACGGCUACACCGGCUCCCGGUGGAUCUGAAUGUCAGCGUCCUUUCCGCAUCGGCAUGGCCGACCUACCCGGACGUGCAGGUUCGAAUACCGCCGGAGAUUGCCACGGCGGUGGGCGACUUUGAGAAGUUCUACAACACCAAGUACAACGGGCGGAAGCUCAACUGGAAGCACCAGCUGGCGCACUGUCAAAUCCGGGCUCGAUUCCCCAAGGGGACCAAGGAGCUGGUGGUCAGUUCGUUCCAGGCGGUGGUGCUGCUGCUGUUUAAUGACGUGCCGGAGAAUGGGACGCUCAAUUACGCUCAGAUCCAGGAAGCGACUAUGUUGUCGGAUCAAGAAUUAAAGCGGACCCUCCAGUCGCUGGCAUGUGCCAAGUAUCGGGUGCUCAGCAAGAAGCCGAAAGGCCGAGAGGUGAACGCGACGGACGAAUUCUCGUACAACCCGGGGUUCUCCGACGCGAAGAUGCGGAUCAAGAUCAACCAGGUGCAACUGAAGGAGACGAAGGAGGAGAACAAGACGACCCACGAGCGGGUGGCGGCGGACCGGCACUACGAGACGCAGGCGGCGAUAGUCCGGAUCAUGAAGAGUCGCAAGCUGAUCACACACGCGGAGUUAGUGGCCGAGGUGAUCAAAGCGACCCGAAGUCGCGGGGUGUUGGAGCCGGCGGAUAUCAAGAAGAAUAUUGAGAAGUUAAUUGAGAAGGACUAUAUGGAGCGCGAAGAGGGGAAUCGGUAUCAGUACGUAGCUUAA